AUUGGACAGCCCAAACCGCAGCCAGUGAAUGGGACGAAAUAACGUCUCCGUCCUCACUCAGCCGUUUGGAAAAGGGAAUAGCGAGAGCCGAGAGUCGUCUUCCUCAAUCGGUUGCUUCAUCUUCUCGACAUCGACCUACUACUUGCUCAGUCGCAAAACCUUCUGCUCGACAUUACCCUCAUUAUCGGCGGCAGCUCCUCCGGCCGUAGCUCGCAUCUCCUCCGACGUCCAAGCUCAAGAUCGUCUCCUUCAGUGGCCUUGGCAUCAUACAUCUCCGCCUCCCGCUCCCCGCACCGGGCCGCUGUCCCAAAUCCAUGUCGUUGUGUCGCACUCCAGACGGCCACCGUUGCCUGUCGCACGAAUGUAAAACGACCAUCGGUGUCAUGAAUUAAAUGGUUGACAUUGAGAAGAACAAGUAUGAAAUAGGGGGAGGGGAUGGGCAGAAUAAAUGACACAUAAGAGUUUUUCCAGAAGAACAAGUAUUGGUUGCUAUUGAUAACUUCUCAGAAGUUAUCAAGCUAGUAGAAAGUGGAUUUGGGCCUGUCUAGAAGCAGGGAAAUUUGAGUGGUGAUGAAAUGACAGCAAUGAAGAGGCUUUCCAAGUAACGUGGACAAGGUUUAGAAGAGUUGAGGAAUGAGUUGAGGCUCAUUGCCAAAUUGCAGCCUCGCUAUCUGAUUUGGCUCUUGGGAUGCUUUGUGGAAAUAGAUGAGAAGCUACUGAACCAUCGCUUGGUAGUUUGCUUCCUUCAGGGUUCUGUUUUGCAGACUGUUGGAUAAGAUCAUAUAGCCUUAGUGAAGUUCUAGGUACUUUUGUGUGAAAGAUUGGGAGACUAUAAUACCG